CGAGUUGAAAAUGGAGAUAUGAACUGGAUCGUUCCGGGGAAAGUUCUGGCGUUCAGUAGCCCUCAUUCUCGUGGUUAUCCCCUCCACACACCCGAGGCAUACUUCUCAUACUUUUACCAAAAUGACGUAACGACCGUGGUUCGUCUGAACAGGACGUUGUAUGAUGGCAGGCGGUUUGAGGAUGCAGGAUUUGAGCACCACGACCUCUUCUUCCUUGAUGGGACCACGCCCUCUGACCUCAUCGUCAGACGCUUUCUGCAUGUGUGUGAAAGUACAGACGGGGCAGUGGCGGUGCACUGUAAAGCUGGAUUAGGCCGCACGGGCACUCUGAUUGGCUGCUACCUGAUGAAGCACUUCCGCUUUACUGCAGCCGAGGCGAUUGCUUGGAUCAGAGUCUGCAGACCUGGCUCUAUCAUCGGUCCACAGCAAAACUUCUUAGAAGAGAAGCAGCACAGUUUGUGGGUUCAGGGUGACGUGCAUCGGUCUAAACAGAAGCUGGUCCAACAGAGACUGA